AUGCGUCCUGCGACUCAUCUUGUUGCGGCCCUCCUGUCCCUGGGAGGUCUCGAGCUUGUCGCGGCCGAAAACGCUCAGGAAUUGAAGCCUCGCUUCAUUCCCAAACAAUUUAAAAGACAUGUCGUCUAUGGACGUGACUCCUCUGCCGAUUCGUCGUCGAGCAGUGACACUCACUUGAAUACAAGAGCUGAUUUGAAUCCCUUCAUCUCUUACUUCAAUGGCCUGCUUCAAAACGGCGCCGCGACAUCAUCCACCACUCUGCCCAUCGUCGCGCCAAGCUCCACAGUGGCCCCUUCAGCAGUCACAUCUUCUGGUGCCUAUCAGUCUGCUCAGGCUACGACUCCCUCAACGGCGCAGACCUCUUCUCAGGCCAAGACAGACACCUCGGACGACUCCCAAACUCCACCAGCCUCAUCAACUCCUGCCGCAAGCAGCGGAAAUGUCGUUGGCGAUGCCUUGGGUGGUGUGGGUACCCUUGUCGGCGGUGUUCUGGGAACCCCGACCAGCUCAACCAAUCCCAUUCCGACAGUAAGCUCACCCGCCACUGAUAAAUCCAAGACCUCCGGGGGUUCGACGACCGAGAACACUGAUCCCAGCUCAAACUCUACGACGCUAACGGGUUCCUCAUAUGUCGCUGCUCCCUCUCCUGAUGAAGCGACUCCGAGUCCAGCCGCGAGCUCGUCCGGCCUCCUUGACACUGUUUCCUCGAACCUCGCUGGAAUUCUGCCUGAAGCUUCUAGUCCCGUCGCGCCCGGAGCUGCCAAUACCGAUUCGACCACCAACACUGAUGGAACUGUUACCCCCUCAUCGACAGGCAACAACUAUCCGACAGAGACCGGCCCUGCUGUGACGCCCUCCGCCACCAGCUCGAGUGGGCUGGGUGGAAUUCUGGUCCCUAUCCUCGGUAGCAGCCCCGUCAUUCCAAUCGCAAGCACUCCCACCAGCAGCUUCGUUGGCGUCCCCACCGGCUUGACUAGUAUGAUCAUCCCGGCAGGCAUCGGCGGAACUGGGACGGGAACUUCGUACACUCAGAUCAGUCCUAACGUUCCUACACCUGCUCCCUCGGCCACCAGCAUCCCUGUCAUUCCCGGUAGCCCCAAUACCGCUCUUGGUUCCUCGAUUGCUGUCACGGGUUCCACCGCAGUAGGCUCGACUGUGCCUACCGGUCAGGUCACGCCUACUGCCACUUUCAGCAGCUCGGCAAUUCCGACACCCUCUACAACCGAGCAAACGACCCCAAGUCCGACAACCACGCCGGAGACGACAGUCGCACCCACCACCGCCACCACUAUUCAUCCACCCGAAACUACCACCUCCGAGAACACCGACUUUGUUCCCUCCGGUAUUCUGGUGGAGCCUACAACCACGACUCAGCUCUCGACUACUGAGACUACUACUGGCAGCAGUCGACCCGCUCAGUUGCCUGGAUCCAUCUCGCCAGCCAAUGGUGUGACUAGCCCUCCAGCGGACUCUACCUUGAUUCAGAUCGGCUUCAAUGGCAAACUCCGAUACAGCUUCGUCGCCACGACCCCGCUCUCCUCAUCGCAGAUCUUCCUGUACGUUCCACAGGGACUGAUCUAUGCUUUGGAGAUUCUCAGCAAAGAUAUCUCGAUGUUCGCGAUCCAACCCUACGACAACUCGGCCAGCACCGGGUACAUUGCAACCGUUGCCUUGGCUUAUAUUCCUACGGACAAGGUUGACACCUUGAGGAAGCUGCUCCGCGCUCCAUUGUCCAAACUCUACCAGCAGCCCAACGAGUCGGUCAAGACCUUGUUCUCGAUGAUCGAUCCCUCCAUCCCUCUUGUUGUCGGAGAAUCCGGCUCAUCUAGUGGCGGCGGAUUGUCUAGCGGCAGUGGAUACAGGGGCAGCGGUAGCGGCAGCGAUGGUAAUGGCAGUGGCAGUGGCUCCGGCAACGACUCGGAUGCCGGCGCCAGUCGCAGUUCUACCACUCGUGCCAGCUCUGUUGGUAUCGGCGUUGGUGUCGUAUGCGGCGCCGCAGCCUAUGGUGCGGGUAUGUUCUGGGUUGCUCGUCGCUACCGCAAGAAGCGUCAAUUGCAUCGCCGCUCCAAUUCCACUAUGGAGCAGACGAGUGAAGGUCGUGGUGCCGGUUCUCUCUUCACCGCUGGCGGUCGUCUUUCCCGCAACAGCCAGAAUAGCCGGGGAAGUGGCCGGGGCCAGAUGAUCAGUGCUCCUGUCAUGGCCGAGAACUCGCUGGGCUGGAACUAA